UUGGGGUUUGUGUUACUUGCCGCGUGGUGGGGACGAAAUGCGGUAUUGAGGUGCUCCAUUAAGUGUUUGGAUAUGUUGCUGAUUACUUGGAUUGGUGAUAGAUAUUCAACUACUGGAUUAAAGGGUUUGACUGCGUUGGCGCACCGUUUAUCGCACUGAAGGCUUUCCAGGCUAUCAGUGAGAUCGCGGGAGAGCGAGGUGUUUUCGCUUUCGCGCCGUCGGAAACGUGUGAAGUACUCGCGCUCUAGUGAAAAAAAAACGAGUUCUACAAAUCACUACCAUUUCUCGAGUUUGACCCUCUUUUUUGGCCAUUGCUGUGAGGGCGUAGCUGUAGAAGCGAUGGUGGACCACGAAGCGCGUCGGCCAGCGGGAGGAUUUAACCGCAAAAGGCGGUACAGAGAGGAUGAAGGAGGGGAGCGCCAUCGACCGCGACGGCGAUACGAGGAGCCGCUGUCUGCGUCAGUUAGGAGACAGCUUUUGACAAUCGCGGAGUCGGCCGUACGAAGAGUCGAAGACGAUGUGGCCAAGAUCGCAAACACUAUCUGCGAACAUUCUGAAGAUGAAGAGGUGCAAAAUGAUUUCCAGGAUUUGGUGUUGCAAUUGGUUAUCGAACAGCCCUUUAAAAUUCCCUUCGUUGCGGCGGUAGUCCUCCUGAUCAACGCUCAAAAGUCUGAAAUCGCUAGCCGGGCCUUCACCAAAGCUGGCGAAAUGGCCCAGUCCUAUAUUGCUGCUGGCGAGUGGCGCGAAGUGAAACUUGUCCUUCGCUUUCUUGGCUGCCUUCAGGGCGCUUUCGAAGGGGAUGGUAUCUUCCCAAUACUGGAAGAGCUUUUUUCUCGGGCUGUUGACUUGCAGACAGCGUCUUCUGAUGAUUCUCUCGGCCUUGAGCUUGUUAAGAUUAUUCUAUACACGAUAUCCUAUGUUAUGGGGUCCUCAGCAUCGGGGUUCGAAUCCCAUGCAUCCGCGCUCUUGGAGAAGACGGAUAUCAUCGCCUCGACACCGCAUACGCUAGAGGCUCUCGUGGAUCCUUUCCCAUCGGAAGAAAAAACGGAGGAAGAGAGAUUGAGCGCACUGGGCCUACUUCAAAAACAACUUCAGAACGAAGCUAAGAAUUCUUGGGAACUUGCGUGCCUUCCCCGACCAUGGAAGAUGCCACCCAAGGAGGAGGACAACUCUGACAGAGACCCUCUCAAAAACGCCACCAAGCAUCCCUUCCCGAGCAUCUCUAUUCCCGACCCAGUGAAGAACGGCCCACGGGCAAUAUUCCCUGAGAUUUUCCUUUCGGUUUAUGCUGACCAGAAUAUUGAGACCGUCCCUCCGACUACGGAUAUCGCCUCUUCCUUGAUUAGAGAUGUGUUGGUUGACACAAUCAACAUCCUCGACUACAACCGAAUUGCCGCAGCCAAGUUUCUGAUUGACGUUGACUGCUAUUUCGCACCAACCACGUUCAUCAAGCGUGCUACUCCCUUUGAUAAAUUGCGUGAUGUAGCUCCGGAUAAGCCGACCUGGAAGCCAGAGGAUGUCGCGCUUGAUGCGGUAUUUUCUCAACUAUUACAGCUGCCUUCGCCUGAACAUAAGCAGGUAUAUUACCACUCCGUCUUGACUGAAGCUUGCAAAAUUGCCCCGGCAGCCAUUGCGCCAAGCCUGGGUCGAGCAAUUCGAUUCCUUUACCGCAAUGUGGACAAACUAGAUCUAGCUCCUACAUACAGAUUUCUUGAUUGGUUCUCUCAUCAUCUGAGCAAUUUCGGUUUCACUUGGAAGUGGACUGAGUGGGUCGAUGACGUUGAAUUGCCAGCCGUGCAUCCAAAGAAGGCUUUCAUUAUUGGCGCCUUGGAUAAAGAGAUCCGUUUGAGCUUCGCUCAGCGCAUCAAGGGAACUAUCCCGGAGCCGUACCAGGCUUUGAUUUCUGAAAAUAAGGAGAAGGAUACUCCUGAUUUCAAAUACGCACAAGAGACUACCCCGUAUUCAAAAGAGGGCCAGGAAAUUCUCCAACUCAUCCGUAAAAAGGCGUCGGACGAAGAAAUUGCCCCUGUCAUCGCCUCUAUCGAGGAGCAAGCCAAGGCCCAUGGAAUCGCUGACCCAUCAAUCCCGUCAACGGACGCCUUUGUCACAUCCAUUUGCUGCGUCGGCUCCAAAUCGUUAUCUCAUCUUCUUUCCUCCAUUGAACGAUGCAAAGAGAGACUACUUGCCAUUGGCCCCAGAUCUGCAGCUGCCCGCCGCCAAAUAAUCACUUCUGUGAUGGAAUACUGGGUCGACCAGCCCGGAAAUGCGGUGAAUAUCGUAGACAAGCUCCUCAAUUAUACCAUCCUUACGCCUCUAUCGGUCAUCGAGUGGGCUCUCGUCGAUAAUCUUGCUGCUGGCAGUAUUCUCGCCAAACCCCACAUUUUCGAAAUGAUCUCCGCCACCAUGGGCAAGGUUACGAACCGCAUCCGACAGAUUGUGGCUGCCCGCACUCAGCCGACGCUCGUGGAACCACAACUCAGCGUGAUACAAGAUGCGUUGACGAGGGAGAGCGCAGACAUGAGAGCAAUGUUUCGACUUAUCGACGACUCUAUUGUGCCCGUUGCUAGCGGAACAAACGAUGUGAUGAUGGAGCGCGAUGAUGAUAGUGCGUUGGCUCCGGAGAAUGAGCUUAUUCGUGAGUGGGGGAAAAGGUGGCUGAGAGUGUUUAGGCGGAAGGCUGCUGUGGAGGACGCGUUUAUCACUGAGGCGAUGGUUAAUGCGGUGCCUGUAGGGACGAUGCCGCCACCACAGCCGCAACCGCAGCCGGUACAGACUGCUAUGGAAACCCAUGGAGCGGAUGGACAGAAUGAGAUGACCGAUAUUCAGUAGAAAGCAGUGAAGCACAGGGAUCGAUGCUUGAUGGUGAAAUGUAUUUUUAAAACAGGUUGAUUUGUGGCUACUAAUCUGCAGUUUCGAGGGCUGUUAAUUACUCAAUCUUUCUGUUA